AUGGUUGAGGUUCGAAGCAACCCCAGCCGACACUCUCGGGGCCAGGCUAUAGCUCUGAUCGCUGCAACGCUGCCAGGAGUCGCCACUGCUGGGCGCGUCGACCCGAACUUGCCAACCCGAGAUAGCUGGACGCCGCUGCCCCUCAAAUAUCUCGCGGGGCAGAAAGCGCUGGUGUUGAGCUUGCUAGAGCACGGUACCACCGUCGACGUACGGGACGCAACGGGUGAGUCACCACGUGUCGAGGCCUCUUGCAGAGGCAGGCAAGCUAUCGUGGAGACCCUGCUCUCCAAGCGGGCCGCCGCCAACCUCCGAGGAACCGUUCAGGAGAUGGUUGAGAUUGGGAGCAACCCCAGCCGAUGCUCUCGGGGCCAGAUCAUAGCCCUGGUCGCAGCAACGCUGCCAGGAGCCACAACUGCUCUGCGGAGCCGUCACCGCGAAAUGGCGAUCGGCUUGCUAGCGGGCAGCGUCGACUCGAACUUGCCGACCCGAGACGGCAGGACGCCGCUCCUCCUAGCUGCUCUCACCGGGAACAAAGCGCUGGUGUUGGGCUUGUUAGGACACGGUACCACCAUCGACGCACGGGACGCAACGGGUGAGUCGCCAUGUGUGGAGGCCUCCUACAGAAGCAGGCAAGCUAUCGUGGAGACCCUGCUCUCCAACGGGGCCGCCGCGGACCUCCGAGGAACCGUUCCGCUGUACUAAUAUGCGCUCGACAGAGCCCCACGAGAAAGCUACGCCGAGGUAAUCAGUGUCCUUACCCGGGGCGGAGCCACGGUGAGCGCCCAAGACCGCCGAGGCGUUACCGCACUACUCUAUGACGUCUCGACUGUCUUGGGCGCUCACCGUGGCUCCGCCCCGGGUAAGGACACUGAUUACCUCGGCGUAGCUUUCUCGUGGGGCUCUGUCGAGCGCAUAUUAGUACAGCGGAACGGUUCCUCGGAGGUCCGCGGCGGCCCCGUUGGAGAGCAGGGUCUCCACGAUAGCUUGCCUGCUUCUGUAGGAGGCCUCCACACAUGGCGACUCCGUCCCGUGCUUCGAUGGUGGUACCGUGUCCUAACAAGCUCAACACCAGCGCUUUGUUCCCGGUGAGAGCAGCUAGGAGGAGCGGCGUCCGGCCGUCUCGGGUCGGCAAGUUUGAGUCGAAGAUGCCCGCUAGCAACCCGAAAACCAUUUGGUGUUGACCACCCCGCAUGGCAGUGCCGCUGGCGGCGGUGUUGCUGCGGCCAGAGCUUCAUGUUGUCCCGAGAGUAUCGGCUAGCAGUAUUAGGAGUACCUUCUGGGGUCACUUCGGGCGGCGCACGGAAACGCCACGGACCCAGUGGUGUGGCCGGGGUGUCAUCGCUCUGCCCCUCCCCCGGUUCCCGCGUUCGAAGAUUUAACAUCCAAGAAGAAGGCGCCCGUAAAGAGCGGCGGUCGCGUGAGCGGCGGCGGCGAUUCGGGCGACAGCGACAGUAGCCACCUCCGCGGGUCUACGUCUUCCAACCGUGGUCGCGCCCAGCCGUCUUCUUCAGCGUCCAGCUCUUCAGAGCGCGCGGACAAGAAAGGAGUAAAGAAGAAGAGCCGCACCUCCCGCCCGUCUUCGGACACGACGGGAGGAGCAUCCUCGGAUUCCGGUUCGGAACGUAGCCUUCCUCGGAAGACUUCUUCGGGCAGGGUAUCCAGGCACCAAGUGAAGCGGAGGCUGGACGACGGAGCCACGGGCACGGAUGCCUUCACGCUCCUUCUGCGGCUGCUGUCGGAGCAAUUCGAUGUCGGAGAUCGACAGGAGUCGUUUUUGCGACUUCAGCAGUUUGGUGUUUCGAAUGGAACUUUGUUUGCGGAUUACCUUAGGGCGUUCCGUCUUUUGGUUUCUUCGGUGACCGGGUCUGAGCGUGUUUUGGCUCCUAGUGUAUCGAUGGUGCUUGAGAUCGUCAGGAAUUCUGUAAGUAAGCAGUUUCCGUCUUUAGCUCCGAUGUUGUACCCUGGUGACCUGGCUACGGCCGUGACACCAUUUGAUUCGAUUGAUGCAAUGCGGCAGGCGUUCGCGCCUUUGGCCACCAAUAAAACCUCCGCAAUAGGAGGUUCAAAGUAUUUUCUUUGUCUUCCACGCCUGGCUCUUCGCAGCCCCGGCGUUCCCAGAACCGUGCCCCUGCACCUGCGCCUUCGGGCCGGUGGGCACAAGGUUCUGCACACAAUCCUGUUGUUUUGGCAGUUCAGUCACAGGAUGGCGGUAAUCAUCCGUUUUCCCGCGAUUACAAUGCGUGGCCCG